AUGAAGACAACGUGGAGCUUUGGUUGCGGAGUCUUGCUCCUCUGUGCGAUUGUGUGCUCUGGUCAGAAAGUAACAAAAUCAAACGACAACCAGGAGAUCAUCAGAGUGAAGGUCUUGCCGCAGUCCACCUCAUCAGAUCCCUCAACUGGCUCCUCCAGCUCCACGACCGCCUCAUCAACCACCACAACUCCCAAGCCGAAGAGCAGUCCGACAGCCAAGUCCGCAAUAACGGCACAGGAAAUCGAGGAGGAGGACGAUAACUUCCACAACGAGCGUCUUCCCGCCUUAUCGGAGGAUGAGUACAACAACCUGAGUGAGGACGCCAAUCCGCUGCACUUCCUCAAGCAACAGCCCCUGGAUCUAGAAAAUGAGGAGGUGCUACCAAAACCUGAAAAAACAGAGCUGCAGAAGCCGGAAUCCCAAACCGAGAGUGAGCCAGAUUCGCAAGUGGUGGCUUCACCAUCCGCCGGUUCACCCAUCUACAUAACCAUUCCAAUCUAUAUCAGCACGGGUGGCAAGCUGCCCAUUUCGUUAACCAUUGGAGAUCAGGAAUUGUCACUAAAAAAGGCCAGCAAGAGGAAUCCCUCCACCAAAUCACCGAACUCAUUCUUCAAUCGCUUGCUGCAGCAGAUUGAGCCUCCCAAGAGACGAACCACCAAUCGCCAUCGCAGCCAGCUCAGGAAUCACGUAUAUGCGAUGAAGGACAAAAAGGAUGGCAGGAUUCUCAAGGAUUUUCUGUACAACCCAAUGCAGUAGACAUUUUCGAACA